UGGAGGAUUCAUCCGUCCGUCGGACUCCUAGCGGCCACCACUUCUAGCUGGGAUUUGGGCAUUUGAUCUGAUCACCCCAACCAAACUGUUUCGCCCCGUCUCCUCUUUCAGCCAGCCAACGCCGAUGCAGACAGCCCGCGGAACUAGCCACGCAGCAGCGGAAGCUGUUGAUCACGAAGAUGAUGCUACUCCCAAAGCCACAGGCGGGUCGACAACAUCCCAAGAGGAUGAUGCUCCCUGCCGUGAAGACAACAGUAAAAGCGCCACAGAUAGGCCUGAUGAUCCAUGGAACCCUCCCCGCCCGCCUCCUCACCCCUCAAUACUCGCCUUAACAUGCCCUCAUCAGUAUAACAUGAAGUACCUGCGUCAGAUUGCGGAUUUCCUUUCCGAAGUCAGAGCCACCAACAUAAUCGUCCCGGACCGCACCCCUAAGGAGACAAUGCUAAAAUUUUAUGACAUAUUCGGCCAUCUGGCGAAUGUUCUAAGAAAAGAUAGUGUUUCGGGCUUCCUCAACCUCUUCAAAAAGUAUAGGGGGCACUUGGUUGCUGGAUAUGUCGUCACCCCACAAACCCUUGACCUGAUUAUUACAGAGAAUGCCCUGCGCUGUGCUAAGUUUGUUUUGGAGGGGAAGGAGCCUAAGCUCCGUGGGAUGCGCGCCAACCCCAACUACAUGACCAGCCUCGGGUACUUCCCCCUCCACCGAACUGCCCAGACAUUCUCCGCCGACAUGGUUAAGAUACUACUCCGCCAUGGUGCAUUGGCUAAUCUACGCACCUCAGGUGAAAGAAUCAUCGAGGGCCUCCUGCCACUCCAUGUUGCCAUCGAGGACACUUGCCAGCAUAAGUAUCUGGAGGAUAAUCUAUUAGCUGACGAGAGCUACAGGAAGGGGUAUGUCGAGUACAUCUACAAGCUCAUACAUCUGCUUUGCCUGCCUGAGAUGAAGAUCUUCUUGGACACCAUUAGAUUGCUUGCAGCUCACACGGAUAAUGUUGCUGAUGAGCUCUGGAAUUACAUCGAGCAUGGGAAGAUUGUCCCUGCAGCUAUUCUUCUCCUUGCAGCUCAAAGGCGAUUCCGUAAGCUCAAUGGUUUUGAUACGAUCAAGAACCGUAUUGAUGAUUCUAUAUUGUCCAUGAUAAGGGAGGGGUGUGGAUUGCAAAUUGGUAAAUAUACAAGGCAGCAAAGCAGCGGAAGGAGAAGGAAUUACGUUUCUAUAAUGCAUUAUUCCUUGUUAGGAUACUUCUGAAAUCUGGGGAAGCUCUUGAUGCAUAUAUUCAAACUCAUUCAGAGGUAUCAUAUUUUCGUUACAUUGCAGCUUUAGUGUCUUGUAUAUUUGUUUGCUUCAUUCUAUUGAAUCUUAAUGUUCUCAUAUAUUAAGUUUUGGAUU